GAAUAACAACAAGCCAAGCGGCCGACUGGAGUUAUUCUGGCUCAGCAGGUCCCCUUUACUGGCAUGAACUCUUCCCCGAAGACUGUUCCGGAAAAUACCAAUCCCCAAUCGACAUUCAUCCCGAGGAGACUGUCUACAACCCAGAACUGAAGGAUUUCGCCAUCUGGUAUGAUCCACCAAAGAAAGAUUCAAAGAUGUACAUCAGGAACAAUGGUCACACCGUUCAGGUAGACCUUGAAGGUGACUUUUAUGUAAGUAAUGCAGGGCUUUCCAGCGUGUACAAAGCAGUGCAGUUCCACUUUCACUGGGGACACAAGGCCCAUCAUGGCUCUGAACAUCUUAUUGACGGGAAGCCUAGUCCAAUCGAGCUUCAUCUGGUGACUUACAACAGCCAGCUGUAUCCCAGCAUUUCAGAAGCCGUCAUGGAGGAAGGCGGUCUGGCAGUUUUGGGAGUCAUGUAUGAGAUUUCCGAGACUGACAACCCGAGCUUGGCAACCCUAGUGAAGGCUUUGAGACACGUCAGAGAUCCUGAGAAGCAACAAAGGGCCCCGCUACCGCUUAUGUCCCUACGAGACUUUCUCCCUAAAGAUAUAUCACGAUAUUAUCGAUACAACGGCUCGCUAACUACACCUGGCUGUUUUGAAAGUGUCAUCUGGACAGUGUUCGACACAAAGCAGACUAUUUCUCAUAAACAGCUGAAAGAAUUCACAACCGUUCUACAGUUUCAACAUAAGGAAAAGGGAGAUCACUCAAGACAUCGUCGAUCUUUGACAAAAGAAGAGAGGGUCAAAGAACGACGCGCCAAAGGCGUUCUGGAUGAGCUGGGCAUUAGGAAUAGUCUGACCUUUACAUAUACCAGGCUAACGAGCUUAGGUGAUCAGUUUAUUUUCUCGCCUGUAGCAGGUAAAGAGGUGGUUAAAGAUACCUACAUUCAAGAAACAAUUGUCAACAACUUCCGCCCGGUCCAGCCACUCAAUGAUCGUAUUGUGUACAGGAGCUUCAAGCACGUGUGUGUCGUCGCCCCACCAGAUGUUCCUGCAAAAUGGUCUCCUCCAUCUGAAGCCAGUAAGGACAAUUGGCAGGGUGACAAAAACAGCUGUGCCAGAUUCCAAAGCCUGCCAAUAGUCGUCAUCUCACUUGUACUUACGAUCCGAUGGCUCCACGUGUAA